AUGGAUCCAGAUGGGUUUAACGAUGCCCUAGGCUUGUCGGAUGACAAGUCUCAGAAUCUAGCAGCCUACAUCUACCAACCCCCAAAACACGGGAAAGCAGGCGAGCGGCCCUCAAAGCGCCGAAAAGUUUCAGUGUCCGGCAUUGAACAAGGACAGACAGACAGACAACGGUUUCUGCCCCUUUUGAACGGCAACGAGAACGCCCAAUCCGUCCAAUUGCGAUACCAUUGCUAUCAACAGCUAUGGUCAGAACAGGAACACAAGAUCCAGGCUAUUCUUGAAGAUGUUGAUGCCGGCGUUUUGACCGAAGUUUCGUCCUUUGUCAGAGAGAACUCAUCACAAACAUGCAAUGGCUGCAUUCCAACAGCUCUUGUAACAGUCGGUUCCAAUGUCUCCUCGCUCAGCAGAUUACUAUCACGACUCAACGAGCAGUUGAUAUCGAACGAAGAAGGCAGUGUGGUUGUGUUGGAAUCAGGGGAUGCUCCCAAUCUGAAAACAUCCUUGAAGAACAUCAUCCGAGCCACUGUCACGAAUACCGAUGGCAAUGACGGUUACCAGAGGUUCCUCACAGAUCGUGCUGGACCUCGCCUUCUUGGUUACGAUCUGGACCUUCUUCACGACUAUGUGCAGAGAAAAGGAACUAAAAAGCUGGUACUAGCUUUUCGUGACAGCGAAGCUUUUGAUACAGGCCUAUUGACAGAUCUCCUGUCUUUAUUGAAAUCAUGGAUUGAUCGCAUACCAUUCACUAUUCUUCUGGGCAUCUCUACAUCCGUAGAGCUAUUUGAAGGUCGGUUGCCUCGCUCGUGUGUUGCUCUUCUUCAAGGAAAACAUUUCGAAGUGCAAGAUGCUGGCAAUUGUGUCGACCGCAUUUAUGAGUCUCUUCAGACUGGCUCCAACACCCAACUCUGGCUGGGACGUAACAUCACGAGUACGCUGUUUGAAAAUACCAGCGACUAUUUCCAAAGCCCAGAAGCAUUUAGUCGCAUGGUCAAGUAUGCGUACAUGUCUCAUUUUUUCGCGAACCCCCUGGCAGUACUAUUUGCCAAGCCAGAUCCAACUGUUCUUUCUGCAGAGAAGCUUUGUGAAGUGAUCAGAAAUCUGCCAUCCUUCAGAAUGUUCUGCGAGGACUUGGUUGAAGAAGGCUCCAUCAAGCAAGUCCGAGACAUGCUAGAAAACGACGAUUUUCUCCUGCAAGAAACAAUCAGUUGCCUUCAUGUUGGACAGCAAAGAAUGCGAGGCAUCUUCCAGGCAAUCCUUGCUGUGCAUGCCUGUCUUCAAUACACACAAAAUACAAAAAAGGCUACAGUGCCUGACCUUUCCGUCCGCGCUUUCUCUGGCGAGUUAGCUGAUUCCACUCUUGUGGACGAAAUGAUAGCUACAACGAAGGCGCUGGAUUCUAGUAAAAUGAAUGAGCUUAUUGGUCGGCUGCAAGAUGUCAUGUCCAACGAGCAGCUGGGGGCGAUUCAAACAAACCUCCAGACUUUGUUGGAAACUUGUCCAGAAUCUGGGUCGUUACGCAGUGGAUAUAACAUCAAUUCUACUGUCACAACUACCACGGUGGUUCAAUCACGGAUCCAGCUCAACAAAGGCAAAGCUGAGCUAUCCGAACAAGACGUUGAGUACACCGAAAUCAUCGACCAGUUGCUUGUCUUCUUACAAGAAUAUCUUGCGGAUACUCUCAUCAGACCACAAGAUAUGUUCCUUCAUGAAGCUUUCGUGUUUGAUCUACGGAAUCCCUUGAAAGAGACAUUCGCGCCUCGUCCACGCUUUGCAAUUGAACGCGCCUUAGCUACCCCGUUCGAUUACUUACAUUCGUCUUUGGAUGCUACUACGACAAACAUCUCGGCGAAGCAACCUGCCGCAGCGAUCUUGUAUCAGUUGUAUCUUGAAUCAGGUGCACUGGUGAACGUCCAUGAUCUUUGGCGGGCUUUCAGUGGUGUUUUUGAGAAUGAAGAGGGUGACAGCUGUGAUGAUCGUGUGGUGAUGUCUCUGUUUUAUAGCGCUCUCUCGGAACUCAAGAUGUUUGGUGUGAUCAAGAACAGCCGCAAGAAGGCUGACCAUUUGGCCAAAUCAGCAUGGAUGGGACUAUAG